AAUAUCCGAUUCAAUCGUCGUAGCCGUUGGCGCGCUCGUACGCGCGGCAGUCACUGGAGGGCGCCCGCAUCGGCUGCACGUUGCGCCGCGCCUCACGCAUUGUACACGCGCGCGACGCUACCGUUAAACACGACCGUCCUCUCAGACGUACCGUCCGGUACGAUGACUGUCCACAAACGUGGACACGCACUCCCAGCUUUCUACGCUCCAACGGUACAGUGGCGACCGCAAUCUAAGCCGUUACAUUAACUUGUUUACAACGCUACUGUUUACUAGACAUCUAAAGCUUUUCCCGGCAAUUAAAAUCAACUAAAUCGUCCCAUACGCGUAUUGACUAGAACGUUGCGAAACUUUAGAAGUGAAGUUUAAAAAUAAAUUUGCUUGUGUGGGGAGUGACGCUCGAAAUGUGUUCGUGCAGCAAGUUCUACGACUUUUGGAAAAACUCAUGCGGUGCAGGCAUGUCCUUAGACGAAGGUAGACAGUCGCAACGGCCAUACCGUUAUGGCAUGGUUCUGCUAUGCGCAGGCGCUCUCAUCAACUGGUUAGGACUCGCCGAGGAUUACGCGGAGCCCGUACGCUACGUGGGUGUGGCUUGCAUCGUCGCCGGCGCGCUGCUCAUCUGUGCAGCUAUGUGCUGCUGGCUGCAGUCACCUGCCAGGCAGCCACAAAAUGAUCGCGCAUCGCCAGACACCCACCAAAUUGACGAUCCUAUCCACGUUAUCUCAAUGCCAGAUGAGGAGACGAUGCAGCAAAAACCUCCAGACUACGACACAGUUGCGGGAGCGCCGCCGACGUAUGACGAUGCUAUUAAAUUAAACCCUGCGCGAUUACUGCCCGCGACCAGCAGCGCCCGCAACUUCGCCGAGGCCCCUCAGACUCCCAGCACCGACGUGACGAUCAUACCUGGCCAGCUGGAUGAAGCUCACGCUCCGUCCACGCCUCAGACUGCCGUCGUUCCCAUCCAUAUGCCGCACUUGCAAGGGCAGGUUCCCAAAACGCCCCCGCCGCCGUACAGGCCCCCGCAGGCGAUCAGAUGAAAGAUUGGCGGGAAAGCUGUGUUACUUUAAAUCGACUGCUGUUUCAUGUGAUGUGACUUGUAAAUACGUUAUACAUACAUUGUGAGCGGUUGAUCACUUACGUGGAACUCCACGGACAUCUUGUUGAAAUGUUACGGUAUUAUUUAAUUAUAUCAUACGUAUCCACACGUGGAACAAUUUUUUUUAAGUUGGAUGUCGAGAGUAGAGACGAUGAGUAGGUACUUAUGUGAUAUUAAAACGUAAAUAUUAGUUAGUUACUUAAUUUACCUACCUGCUGUAUAUAUUUAAUUUAAAAAUAUUAGUUUGUGAGUGAGAUGUAAGCGAAAAUGUACCUAAAUAACCAAAAUCUCUUCCAAAUGGCAUGAACUCCUAUUAUUAAGUAUGAAAUAUACCGCGAUCCUCAAAUUUAAAUAAAACACAAAUUGCAUACAGUUUCAGAACUGUGACAUUUAUAAAAAUGAUAAUUUAGUAAUUACGAGUACACGCAUACCUAAUCUUUAGUAAAAAUCGGUACAGUAUUAUGUUAUAACAACCAUGGCAAGACCAUUGCCUCUACUAUAAGGGCAUAUACAAUACUAUAUACUUCCCUUGCUCAAUCAAUGGUAGUCGUAUCAGUAAAUCAGACUGUUUCAUGUAUUAAUACAAACAUUGUCGAAAGAUACUUGUGAUAUCACGCUAAAGUAACAACGCAUUUAAUGAAACCAAUAACAAGAAUGAGUCAUUUAGCUGUUUUACAACUUUUACAUAACAAAAGAAUAUAUUUAUUGGCACGAAGAUCAGUAUAUAGUGUUAAAAUACUGUGUAGCUAGUUGACUUGUGAUAAUUCAUUAUAUUAGCUUCUAAUAUUGAUGACAGCAGUAGCAGUACGUAAUGAUUGCGUUUUUUUUACUGCGUUUUUCAGUCUCUCCAUUCACAUGAUUCCUGUUGUCAAUAAUCUGUUACGAUUAUAAUGUUCAAAUAUCAAUCAGUUUGUUUCUAUUCUAGUCUUAAAUUAACGACUAUAAUAAAUAAACUCUUUGUUAAUCACCAGGCAUAAUAAUUUGUAUUUGUACAAGUUUUUAUUGCACAACUUGAAGGUGAUUUGUCAAUAUUAAUUUUGAUUUAUUUAGUUUAUUUUUAUUUUUAUUACUUUUAGUUACCCUUAGACAGUGUAAGGCAGCUACUACACGUCUACACGAGCUAUCUUACUUACGUGUCAAACAUAUCAUAUAUAAGUGCAUUAAUUGUAUCAACCACAUUAGUUCUUGCCAGAAAUUUAACACUGAUGUUAUUAGCAUGUAACUGCAGUUGGUUUUUAGUGAACCUAAACCUAAUGUGAAACUUACCUAUUUUAUAUCAUUUGUCUGUAAACUUAUAGUUGGUACAUGAUACAAUUAUUCAUGUACCUAUAGGUAUUAAACAAGCGUAUGAUUUUUUUGAAUUCAUUUGGCCUAAUUCAAAAAUUGAUUGAUUGUGAACAUAGAUACGAGUAUUAAACGAAUAUUUUAAUUGAGCUUGCUAUAAAUUGGGACCAAUACAUUCAACAUUUCUGUAAUUUUGUGUAACACCUUGAUAAUAAUUACUUUUCGGUUUAAGGUUUACAAUGCUGAAGUUGUGCAUUUAUUAUUUGUACAUUUUACAAAGUUACAAAAUUUGAGUGUACAUACGAAAUAAAUGUUGUUGCGAAA